AGUCAAUUAAUUGCUUUGAUGCCCCGCGGCACCUAGAACGCGUCUCCCCCACGCGUCAUAAGCAUAUCCAAACAUUACUCCAUCAACAUCACAUUUAAAAACAUCCAAGCGCAACAUCGCAACCGUAUUCGACCUACAUACCGAGCCUAGACAAGAUUUGAUGCACAAAGAAAAGUAUAGUCACAAUUUUGUUCCGCAAUGGCCACAGGCCAGCAGCGCCGCGCUGAUCGGCUGAAUGAGCGUCUACGAGGUGCCCAGCGUGCGAACAUUGAAGACGACUCCUUCAACCUCGACAUCGGCGGCCUUAACAUAGCUGGCUCGACUCCCGCCGCGCCUGCACCCGCACCUCCCAUAUCUUCAGCGCGCCGAACACCAAAUACUUCUGCUAAGAGAAGAAGAUUGGAAAACGAACAGCCGCCGUCUGGACAAGCGCAAGGAAGCGCACGAAGACGAUUGCCUCGAUCGAGAGACCCUUACGAUUUGCCAGAAGAAUCUAAGGAAUCUGGCGCGCAGGAUACGACAGGUGAAUCGAGAGAGGAGGAAGAGCCGAGUCUUGAUGUUGUAGAGGAGCCAGAACCUGAAGCGGAGGACGAGGUCGAAGCGGAACCACAGCCAGAAUCAGAAUUACCGAGUCCAGAAGUCGAAGCGCCAGACGAGAACGAAGCUGAAGUUGAGUUACCGACUCUACCGACCGAUGAUGCUUCCGGACAACCAACGGAACGACGGCCGAGUCGCAGAUCACUGGAAAAGAUUGCGCAAGAUGUUGCCAAUAAGCGACAGGAUGUGCGCAUGAGCGAGGCCCUAUCGUCAACGACACGAUUACACACAACGCUACUACAAGAGGAAGAUGCGCCGCCUUCUUCAUCCCCGCUGGUACGCAAGGUUCGACGGAGUGAGGGUCCCGCGAUAAUUCGGUCGAGAUUAUCUCAGAGAAGACCCUCGAGACUUGCUGAGCGAGAUGACGAUGAGGAUGAACUUUCGCCAAAUCGACCGGAUUACGCCCCUGCGGACGAUGAACGAUCGGAUGACGAGCGCACAGAAGAAGCAGAACCUGAAGAGGAGCAGACUGAAGAGGAGCCCGCGGCAGAGGAGGAGGCACAAGAGGAAGAAGAGGCAGUAGCGGAAGCUAUCGAUGCAGUCGAAGCGGCCAAAGCUAUUGGGAGAAAACGACCUCGAAGAAGUCUUCCAUCUCAAUCACCUGUCGCACAGCCCAAGGAACAAGCAGAGGAAGAAGAGCAAGAAGAACCAGCAGCGAAACGACGCCGCGGACGACCAUCGAGAAGCCCCGCGACACAGAAACAACCUGCUACCAGACCAAAAGUUGCCUCCAAAACAAAGUCACGGACACAAGAAAAACCACUUCCCAAGCAGGUCCGCAAAACGAAACAAGCCGCCAAAGAGCGCCGAGUCAGCGAUGGAUCAGCUAUCGAGGUCACAGUGCAGCGCUUUGUCAACGUCAAGAAGUUCAUCAAAGGCGACGAUGAAGAAGAUCAACUUGCGGCGGAUUUGCCUUUUACAACCACUGGGGUGACAGCAGUGGAUGUCUUUGCACAAGCAUGCUUGGAAGUCAUCGAUAGUACGGUAGCGAGGCUCUUCGAGACGCUGCAGAAUACCGAGGAGAAGGACAAGAAGAAAGAAUGUCGGAUCAAGAUACGGGCACUUGAGGCAUACAAGGAGGAGCUCACGUCUCGGUUAUUACAAUUGUCAAUUCACCUCAUGGAUUGGCAAUCACUACGGAGACGCGUUCGUCUGGUACAGCGGGAGAAGCUCUCCUUGCGAGAAGAAAUAUUGCGUCUCAAAGCAGAGAGGGAACAGGUCGCGCUCAAGAUGGAUGCUGUACGCAUCAAACACGAAGAAGACACCAAAGAGUCAAAAUAUCGGCUCGAUACCUCAGCUAUAAUGCAUGACAUAGACAUGGCAGUCGAACGGGGACGAGACGCCCCUGAACUCUCACGCGCCCAAGAGAAAAAGGCCGAUCUGGCCAACCUCGAGCUUCUCGUCGCACGCAUCACAGACGAAGCAAGCUCAUCGAGCUCCGCAGGCGGUAUGCUCCAACAAGUCAAGAUGUUCAACGCUUUUCUCGAGCGCGCAGCAAUUGCUCUAGAAACGAGAUGAAGUACCACGAAAUGAAAUGUCCUUUAACUUCUCAAUUGGGAUUCGUCAUAAGUACUUUUAGUUGAUCUUGGCCUUGCUAAAGUCCAUCUCAGGAUGCUGCUCCUGGAACUUCUUGAGGAUAUCCGCC